AUGGUCACUUCUACCUUCAUGAGCAGCGUCAACAUCACGCACAUCAGCACCGCUGCUGCCAUCAUCGAGAUCGAUGGCGUCAACCUACUCACCGACCCCUUCUUCUCUGGCGCGGGCACCGAGUGGGACUUGGGCGUCAUCGUGCUCAAAAACAGCGUGACCCCAGCGCUCGCGUUACACGACCUUCCUCCCAUCGACGCCGUCCUCCUCAGCCACGAAGACCACCCAGACAACCUCGACGAGGUCGGCCGGCGCCUGCUCGAUGGGCGACGCGUUCUCACUACCGUGGACGGUGCGAAGAAACUCCAGCCAAGACCUGGAGUGCACGGUUUGAAGCCAUGGGAGACGGUGGAGCUGAAGGCGGGCGGAAAGCAAUUCAAGGUGACCGCCACCCCCUGUGAGCACCUGCCAGGUGGGGAAUGCAUCGAGUUCAUCUUGGAAGCGGAGGAGUUUGGGACGACCGACGGGCUCCCCAAUGUGAUCUACUUCUCCGGUGAUACCAUCUACAUUGACGAGCUAGUCCAGAUCCGAGACAAGUACCACGUCGUGGUAGCGAUUCUCAACCUUGGUGCUGCGACGGUCGAGCUCCCGAACGGUCCGCUGCAGGUUACGAUGGAUGGCCAGCAGGGUGCUCGACUGUUCCGCGAGCUGAAGGCGGACGUGCUCGUUCCGAUGCACUACGAGUCGUGGAACCACUUCAAGCAGGGCGGGGAGGAACUGGCGAAGGCUUUCAAGGAGGAGGGUGUCGAUGACAAGGUCUCCUGGCUCACACCGGGCAUUUCGAAAAGGAUUGUCUAA